AUGAAGGAAAAAGAGUGGGUGUGGCUCCACGGAUCCACCCUCGAGUACCAGCAAAAAGCAUUACAAUUUGUAAAGAUAGCUGAAAAGAAUUUGGGAUAUCCUACAAGGAUGUUCUGCCCUUGCACGGAAUGUCGUAAUAUGAGCCAUCAAGAUGGAAGUACAAUUUUUGAACACUUGGUUACAAAGGGGAUGGAUCUUUCGUACCGAAUGAAAUCACAUUGGAAUAAGCAUGGAGAGAAACAAGAAAGUGGUGAGAAGCUUGAUUAUGAAGCCACUAAGGACGAGACAUAUAACUUAUUCCAAGCUGCCUACUUUAUAGAUGAAGAACUUGUUCAGCCUAUACCUAUUAAUGAACCUUCUGAACAUGGACAUGGUGACGAGUUCAUAAGGAGACUAGAAGAAGCACAAACUCCUUUGUAUCCAGGCUGCGAAAGUUACACAAAGUUGUCAGCCAUUGUAGAUUUGUAUGGACUCAAAGGCAAGAGUGGAUUAUCAAGUAAACAUUUCAAUGAGUUGUUAGGUAUCAUUAAACGUAUGUUGCCAAAGGACAAUGUUUUGCUAGAUUCAGCCGCCUCGAUUAAAAGCUUCCUCAAGAUAUUUGACAUGGGGUAUGAAAAGAUUCACGCUUGUGUGAAUGAUUGCUGUCUCUUUAGAAAGAAGUAUGAGGAACUGGAUAACUGUCCAACAUGUGGUGCUUCAAGAUGGAAGAUAAAUAAGCGUAGUAAAGAAAUCAGAAAAGGCGUUCCAGUUAAGGUUUUGAGAUAUUUUCCUAUUAUUCCUAGAUUUAAAAGGAUGUUCAGGUCUUCACAAAUGGCUAAAGAUUUGAGAUGGCAUUUUGAUAACAAAAGCAUAGACGGGAAAAUGCGUCACCCUGAUGAUUCUUUAGCUUGGGACCUGGUUAAUGAUAAAUGGCCCUCAUUUGCAGCUGAUCCACGCAAUCUCAGACUUGGACUUGCUACUGAUGGUUUCAACCCGUUCUCCAUCUUAAGCUCUAAAUAUAGUUGUUGGCCGAUAAUGCUUGUGAAUUAUAAUUUGCCUCCUAUGUUGUGCAUGAAGAAAGAUAAUAUUAUGCUAACAUUGCUGAUUCCUGGUCCAAAGCAACCGGGAAACGACAUAGAUAUCUAUUUGCAACCACUUGUAGAUGAUUUGCAAUUGUUGUGGGAGAAUGGGGUUGAGGCUUAUGAUGCAUUUAGCAAAUCAACUUUCAAUUUGAAGACAAUGUUGAUGUGGACUAUAAAUGACUUUCCAGCAUAUGGAAAUCUUGCUGGCUGUUCUACAAAAGGAAGAAAAGCAUGCCCUAUAUGUGGGAAAAAUACACAUCAUAGAUGGUUACGCUUCAGCAAGAAGUUUUCAUACAUGGGUCAUAGGAAAUUUCUGAAACCCUCACAUCCAUACCGAAGAAAGAAAUCGUGGUUUGAUAAUAGUGUAGAGCAUGGCAGCAAGCCCAGAGCCUUAACAGGUCACAAUAUUUCUGCUGUUCUAAAUGAUUUUCCAAAUGAUUUUGGAAAAGACAUGAUGCACAUAGAGAAAAACAUUUGUGAGAGCAUAAUAAACACUAUGUUGCAUAGUGGGAAAUCAAAAGAUGGGAUAAAUGCUCGUAAGGACUUGGAAGAUAUUGGAAUUAGGAAAGACUUGCAUCCAGAACAGCAGGGAAGCAGAUUGUACCUUCCACCAGCACCACAUACAUUUUCAAGGUCUGAAAAGAAAAGAUUUUGCAAGAGAAUAUAUGACUUCAAAGGGCCUGAUGGUUAUUGCUCAAAUAUCGUGAACUGCAUAACAUUGGAGGAUUAUAAGAUUAUGGGGCUUAAAUCUCAUGAUUAUCAUGUCCUAAUGCAGCAAUUGUUGGCUGUUGCUAUAAGAGGAUUGUUACCGAAAGAGCCUAGAAAAGUGAUAAUUCGAUUAUCUAGAUUUUUCAAUAGAUUAUGCCAGCGUCCUAUUGAUAGAGAAAAGUUGCUGGACCUUGAGAAUGAGAUCAUUGAAACUUUGUGUCAACUGGAACGCUUUUUCCCGCCGUCAUUUUUUGAUAUCAUGAUUCCUAUUGACUCGAAUGAUCAUUCAAAGACAUUAAGAUGGUUGGCAUAUGGUCCUAAAAAGAGUGCACUAUCAUGUAAGGGAUACAUUAUCAAUGGGCUACGGUUUCACACAAAGGAUGUUGACAGGGAAACACAAAAUAGUGGGGUGACUUAUGAUGCAAUAACCAUGUGUAGAGCAAGUGCAAAAGAUACUGCACAAGUGGCUGAUCUGGUCUCAUAUUAUGGGAUAUUGAUAGAUAUCAUUUUACUAGACUACCAUCUAUUUUAUGUUCCAUUGUUUAAGUGUCAUUGGGCCAAUAAAGGAAAUGGUGUUAAGGAAGAAGAUGGAUUCACACUUGUAAACUUACAGCAGAGUCAAGUAUCAUUUGCAAGAGAUCCAUAUAUCCUAGCAUCUCAAGCAAAACAGGUUUUUUUUAUUCAAGAGAAGAUGAUUCGUCUAAUUGCUAUGUAG